GGGCGCAGGGUUUGAAACAUGGCGGACGACGUAGACCAGCAACAAACUACCAACACUGUAGAGGAGCCCCUGGAUCUUAUCAGGCUCAGCCUAGAUGAGCGAAUUUAUGUGAAAAUGAGAAAUGACCGAGAGCUUCGAGGCAGAUUACAUGCUUAUGAUCAACAUUUAAAUAUGAUCUUGGGAGAUGUGGAAGAAACUGUGACUACUAUAGAAAUUGAUGAAGAAACAUAUGAAGAGAUAUAUAAAUCAACAAAACGGAAUAUUCCAAUGCUCUUUGUCCGGGGAGAUGGCGUUGUCCUGGUUGCCCCUCCACUGAGAGUUGGCUGAAACAAAGAAUUUGUCCUGUAUGGAAAACGGGAGACUUUGUACAGUCGCCUCUCUAAAAGUACAAAGCAUUCACAAGAGAAACCUGCAUACAUUUUGAUAUUAAG